GAAUGAUACGGUAAACACCUAGUUACAUAUAUCUUAAGUGAAAAAUGAACUUUAAAAAAUCGUGGAAUAAUAACUGUAUAUCACAAAGCGGUAAUUUUGUCCGCUGAAGGUCGCCUCAAUCAUACUUUGCUCAUCUCAUUUGGUUUUAGUACUGUUUUCUAAACCCGCUGCUGAAAAACAUAUAGCCAACUGAUUUUCAAAAAUCCAUCUCGUUUAGUUUAGCUGUUUUAAUUCAUGGCUUCAUUUGCGGUUCAUUAUUUCGUCAUUGGAUUGAUUUUAGCCAUUGUGGGCACAUUUUCUAUAAGCUACCUAAUUUCGACAUCAGAACAGCAUGCGUCUAUUAUCUUCCCAUAUAUAAGUGAUACUGGUGCUCUACCGCCUGAAAGCUGCGUAUUUGGUCAACUGCUCAAUAUAUGUUCGUUUCUUUCUUUCGUAUGUAUUUAUUGUUGGUAUCUACAUGAGCGCAAUGUAAUAUACGCCCUUGAAGGACCUAACUCUCAUAUUGUUUUUGCACGUAUUACUUGCAUCGUUGGCUGUCUAAGCGCACUGGGGAUGUCAAUUGUGGCUAAUUUCCAGGAAGCAUCUUUAAUAGUUGUUCAUUUAAUCGGAGCAGUGAUGACUUUCGGACUGGGCAUCGUAUUUUCAGCGUUAGUCACCUAUUCUACACGUAGACAUUUGGAAUACAAUUUCAGGAUAUAUGUAUUCCGUCUGUUUUUAACUAUUUGUGGUUUUCUCGCGAAUCUGGGAGUGUUCAUUUUUGGGCACUUAUCUGGGGGAAUCCACGGUCCAUUCCCUAGAAAAUGGGAUCCAUCUGAAGUGGGUUUCAAAUAUCAUGCAUUGAGUAGCUUUUGCGAAUGGUUAAUGUCCUUCACAUUCUUACUGUUUUUCGCUUCUAUGAUAUUUGAACUGAGGAACUAUGAGUUGGAGUCGGUUAAAUUAUUUCAAACAACAAGACACUGGUUGGUUAAAACUUUUUUGAGAAAGUCAACUGAGUUCCAAGAUGAAAAAAGUCCGCUUGUGUUAAAAUGGAUGUCUAAUAUAUUUUGUAUCAACUCAAUUAGGAAAUUAUCUUAAAUGAUUGUACUUUAAACUAUAAAUCCUUAUGCAAUAAGCUUGUAAUCGACACUUCGUGGAAGCGGAGACUUUAACUAAUCUUUUUCUUUAAAAUACUGAAUUAAUUUUUUACACAUUCACUACUACAAUUCAAUAUGCUGAAACACUAAUAGAUUGCGUAGCUGUUUAUCAUUCAAUUUUUGGGAGUCGUAUAAUUUGCCG